AAAGCCCUGCUUCAUCCGUACUGUUCUUGUGCCUGUCUGCAGUUCACACACUUUGGCUUGAAAACAAGGAAGGAUGGAGAUUUUUAUUUCAGACGUUCAACAUGCGUAUCCAGCGAUUGGCAGUGUUGUUGUUUGUGAUUGUCACUGGUUCUCGUGCAUUGUCGUUGUCCGACCUCCCCCAUGAGAUCGACGGGAAACACAAUGAUCAUUAUGACCACGAGGUCUUCUUAGGAAAGGACAAUGCAGAGGAGUUCGAACAUCUGACGGAAACGGAGAGUAAGCGGCGCCUUGGUCUGAUCGUGGACAAGAUAGAUAACAACGGAGACGGGAAGGUUACUGAAGUGGAACUCACAGACUGGAUCUGGUAUGUCCGCACCAGCUUUGUGGCCAACGACACAAACCGACUCUGGCUUCAUCAUGACCAUGAAGAUGGCAAAUUAUCGUGGUCAGCCUUUAUCAAAAAGGCAUUCGGAAAAUUUGAUGAGAACCCCGAUAGUCCCCACUCACCUCUUUAUACCAAAAGGGCCAGGGUGAAGGAGGAAAGACGACGUUGGGAGGCCGCCGAUGCUAACAAGGAUAAUCUUCUGACGAAAGCGGAAUUCAUGUAUUUCAUCCACCCCGAGGAGGGCAAACACACUAAGGAUAUUCCUGUACUGGAAUAUACAGACAUGCUCGAUACAAAUGGCGACGGUAAAAUUGACAUAGAUGAGUUCGCUGGAUGA